AUGCAAGUGGACAGCAUUUUGGCUGUGCCCUUCAUUUACCGAUGGAACGGAAAGAUGGUACACGUUGUGGAGCAAAUGCUCCGAGAACUGCAAAUGGCAGUUGCUGCACUCAUCACCAAUCACCACAAAAGCAGAGGAGCACAGAGCAGACAGACAGCCAAACGCGGUCAAGGCACAAGUGAAGGACGGGCUUUUGAUAGCUGGUGUUGGAGGCGUUGUUGCACAUUCGACGAUGCUGAAAUGGUCCAACUAACUUGCGCUGAGGCGUCGUCAGUCGUCGACUGUCUGCGUGGUUCUACUGCUGCGCUGGCCAACCUCUCACACUGUGACCUCAUGCCUUCAGAGUGGACGAAUGGAUCGCGUCGCCUUGUGUCCAGUAAGACAAGAAGAAUGUGGAAUUGGGAAGGUUGUUGUGUCGUUAAUGGUGCUGAAUGUGCCAAAGUGGGCAAAAAUUGA